GGGCGCCCGCCGAGGCCAGCGCGGCAGCGGACGGCCGACCCUGUUAGUGGUCCGGGGGUCGGGGACUAAGCGGGCUCAAGUUCUAGGAGCCUUCGCCCCUGAUUCUCCCGAGCUCCCCUCCCCCUGCCUACGUCUGUGCAGGGCUUUGACCGGGCGGAUGCUGGAGGGGAGAGUCUCAAGAGGGAAAUACAGAGAUUGUAUCUCUCUCUGACUCUAAUCGCUGACCUCACAAGUCUACUCAGCUUCCUGCUCAUUUCAGUGGAAGGGACAUGCCACAGUGGCGUUUGCGGAGAAAAUGGUGGGCCUUGGGGACUGGACGGCGGGAUGGUGGGGGUGGCAUGUUGGAAUGCGGGGAGGGACGUUUGAUAACCUGGUUCCUGAAUCCAGAAGGGCGUGUAUUGGGAUCUGUGUCCUGGGUGAUGGUCCAAGCAGUCAGUGCCUUUACUCUCUCCUGUCUGACGGACAGUAGUUCGGUGUGGCACUGUUUGUUGCGAGGCGAGGGAAGAAAGAGAGGAGAAAACUGCACAGGAUCUGUGGAGGUUAGUGUGAGCACGGGCCCUGUCUGUGAACUGUUGAAGUUCUAUGUGAAUUCUCUAUGACAGGAACUUAGGCGCCGAGGCUCGGGAUAUGGGGCGGGGCUGGCUAGGGGACUUUCCCUAAACUGCGUUUACUUACCGAGCUUCGGAUUUUUCACUUAAAUUGUGUUGAAGACCAAUAAAGACAGCGAACUUUGCUACAGAUGCUGUUAUUUGCACUUCAGAUAAUGUUGAGAAAGUACAAAUUGUUGUAUCAAAGAACAUUACUAUUUUUUUUGAGAUAGCCUUUGCAAGGGAAGGAUAGUGAUUUUGCAGAAGCAAAAGCCUUCCCCCACACCUUGUCUCAUCUGCUGGAGACGCCUAUGAAUUGGUUUAAGGGGAAGUGGAUGGCAGUAGGCUAUGAAUCUAGAGUAUGGGAUCUGGGGGCCUCCAUCUAUCUCGCAGUUUUCCAGUUUUCCAGAUUCCUCCCGCCUGUCUGAUCAUCUUGGUGAAGGAAAUAAUGGACUUUUGGGAGAAGCUCUAGAAUCCUACAGUUCUUCCCAUGGGCCUACCGUAGGGCUGUUUACCAGUGGAAGCAAGGGAAAGGGGGAGACUGGCCUGGAACCAUGAAGAUCUACCUGCAGGUCUGCUGUAGGGCUUGAGAUCACUGAAAGCAAACAAAUAAGGAAGAAAUUGCCCCUGAUCUGUAGAGACGGGUCCGCAGAUCUCGUGAGUUUAUAGAUCUACUUUAGGGUGUGUCACCAAUCAAGAGAAGGAAAGAGGAGGGAACUGCAUCCAUCAUUACAGGUCCACCUCCAGUGGCAGCCGUAGUGGCCUUUGAGUUGCUGAAGACCAACACCCUCACAGGCCUACACCCAGACCUACUACCCUCUUUCCCCAGCCUGAUUGAGCCCCCCUGUACCUUGUUCGUGCCUUCAGGAGGGGUGAUUACAUGGGUCGCAUUCAGGAAGUGGGCUGGGUGGCUGCAGGACUGGUGAUCUGGGCUGGUACCUGCUACUACAUUUACAGAUUAACCAAGGGAAGAGCCCAGAGUGUGAGGAGACUUGCCAGAAAUGGGUCCAGAGUCAAGAUGGAGACUGUGGUUGGUGUGCAGAACCAGACCUUGGCCGUGAGUGAAGCCAUGACUAAGACAGAGAUUGAGACUAGACCCAAGUCCAAGUCUGGAGCAGAAACUGGAGAAGGAGGUGGGGUUGGACCUGAAGUAGGGACUAAAGCCACUGCUAAAGCCAGACCCAAAGCCAGAUUUCAGGCCGAGGCAAUGGCUGGGGUGGAGACAGAGACCCAAUCUGAGGCCAAAACAGUAGUCGGAACAGUGGUCAUGACAGAGCUAGUGACUCUGACUGAGGCCAAGGCCAAAGCCAAGGAAGUGGCCAUGAAAGAGGCAGUAACCCAAACUGACUCUGAGGCUGGGAGAGUAGUCAAGAAGGAGGCAGUGACCCAGACCAAAGCUAAAGCUUGGACAUUGGUUGCCAGGGCAGAGACCAAGAAAGAAGCAAUGACUCAGACCAAAGCAGAAGCUCGUAUAUUGGCUGAAAAAGAGACAGAGGUGAACAGAGUAAUGGUGACACAGGGUAAGGCCUUGGCAGUGACCAGGGAAGUGGCCAAGAUGAGUGCCAUAAACAAGACUGAAACUGUGGCUGAGACCAAGGCAAAAGCCCUGGAAGAGACUAUGAGUGUGGCCAAGACUCAGUCUGAAGCCAGGCGUGGUACCACAAUUGAUAAUAAGGGAAAUCCUAAUACCAUGUCCAGGACAGAAGCUGGAGUGGAUGUGAGGUCCUGUGCACCGUCUCAUACUGUGGCCAAGAUUCAGGAUGAUGACAUGCCUGGUGCUGAGGUUGAGGCUAAGGGGAAUUGCAAAACUUUGUCUCAGGCAGGGUCUGGGGCCGACAUGAGGCCUUCUGCCCAACCUCAGAUUGUAGCCAAGGCCCAGGCUGAGGCCAUGUCUGGGGCAAGGGGUGAUGCUGGGAGUAAUACCAAUGCCAUGUGUAAGGCAGGGGCUGGGGCAGGUAUGAGAGCUUCUACACAACCUCAGACUGUGGCCAAGAAACAGGCUGAGGUAAUAUCUGGUGUCAAGGUGGAUGGCAGGGAAAAUACUAGUGUCACAUCUAGAGCAAUGAUUGGAGCUGACAUGAGGGCUGCUGCUGAGCUUCAAGCUGUAAGCAGUCCUCAGGCUGAGGCUAUACGUGACGCCAAGGUUAAGGGUAGAAGCAAUUCCAAUGCCAUGUGUAAAACAGGGGCCAAGGCAAACGUGAGGGCCAAUUCCCAGGCUGAGACCUUGCCUAAUGCCAGAGAUAAGAGCAGAGGCAAUCUCAAUGCCAUGUCUAAAGUGGGGGCUGGGACAGACAUUGAGUCCUAUGCACAGCCUCAGUCUGUGACCAAUGUUCAGCCCGAUGCCUUGCCUGAUGGCAAAAUUAAGGCUAACAGCAAUGCCAACACCAUGUCUAAGGAAGGGACUGGGACAGACACAAAGACACAGUCUCAGGCUUCCACCAAGAGCCAGACUGAGGCUUUACCUAGUACUAGAGGUAAGACUCGGGGCAAAGCCAAAGGCAAGUGUAAGGCAGGGGUCGGGACAGACACAAAAAUCUGUGCACAGCCUCAGGCUGGGGCCAAGACCCAAGCUGAUGCUUUGCUUGAUUCCAGGGUUGAUGGCAGGGGUGAUUCUAAUGCCAUUCCUAGGGCAGGGGCUGAGGCAGAACAGAGGGUCUGUGGUCAGCCCCCAGCUAUGGCCGAUUCCCAGGGUGAGGCCUUGCCUGGUGCCAAGAAUAAGGUCAGGGGGGGUCCCAAUGCUGUGUCCAAGGCAGAGACUGGGUCAGAUACAAUAGGCUCUACGCAGACUCAGACAGAUACAAUGGGCUCUGCUCAGCCCCAGGCUGUGGCCAGCUCCCAGGGUGAAGCUUUGCCUGGGACUAAGAACAAGAUCAGUGGCGAUCCCAGUACUAUGUUUAAGGCUGGGGCUGGGUCAGAUACAACAGGCUCUGCUCAGCUCCACACUGUGUCUAAUUCCCAAAGUGAAGCCUUGCCUGGUGCCAGGAAGAAGGUCCGAGGCAAUCUCAAUGCUGUGUCCAAGGCAGGGGCUGGAGCAGAUAAAGUGGGCUCUGCCCAGCCCCAGGCUGUGGCUAAUUUCCAGAGUGAGGCUUUGUCUGGCACUAAGAAUAAGGUCAGGGGCAAUCCCAAAGCUGUGUCUAAAGCAGGAAUUGUGCCAGAUACAGUGGGGUCUGCCCAGACUCAAACAGAUACAAUGAGCUCUGCCCAGCCCCAGGCUGUGGCCAAUUCCCAGGGUGAAGCCUUGUCUGGUGUCAAGAAUAAGGUCCGGGGUAGUCUCAAUGCUGUGUCUAACACAGAGACCGGAGCAGAUACAAUGGGCUCUGCCCAGCCCCAGACUGUAUCUAAUUCCCAAGGUGGAGCCUUGCCUGGUGCCAGGAGUAAGGUCCAGGGCAAUCCCACUGCUGUGUCCAAAGCAGAAGCUGGAGCAGAUACAAUAGGCUCUGCCCAGCCCCAAGGUGUGUCUACUUCCCAGGGUGAAGCCUUGUCUGAUGCCAGGAAGAAGGUCCGGGGCAAUCCCAAUGCUGUGUCUAAGGCAGAGACUGUAGCAGAUACAAUGGGAUCUGCCCAGCCCCAAGGUGUGUCUACUUCCCAAGGUGAAGCCUUGUCUGGUGCCAGGAAGAAGGUCCGGGGCAAUCCCAAUGCUGUGUCUAAGGCAGAGACUGGAGCAGAUACAAUGGGAUCUGCCCAGCCCCAGACUGUGUCUAAUUCCCAAGGUGGAGCCUUGCCUGGUGCCAGGAAGAAGGUCCGGGGCAAUCCCAAUGCAGUGUCAAAGACAGGGCCUGGGCCAGAUACAGUGGGCUCUGCCCAGCCCCAGUCUGUGGCCAGGUCCCAGGGGGAAGCCUUGUCUAGUACUAAGAAUAAGGUCAGGGGCAAUCCUAAUGCUGUGUCUAAGGCAGGGGCUGGGCCAGAUAUAACAGGCUCUGCCCAGGCUCAAACAGACAAAACAGGUUCUGCUCAGCCCCAGGCUGUGGCCAGUUCCCAAGCUGAGGCCUUGCCUGCUGUCAAGAAUAAGGUCAAGGGUAAUCCCAAUGCUGUGUCUAAGGCAGGGGCUGGGCCAGAUACAGUGGGCUCUCUCCAGCCCCAGGCUGUGGCUAACUCCCAGGGUGAAGUCUUGUCUGUUACUAAGAAUAAGGUCCGGGGCAAUCUCAACGCUGUGUCUAAAGCAGAGACUGGGCCAGAUACAAUGGGCUCUGCCCAGCCCCAGGCUGUGUCUGAUUCCCGAGGUGGAACCUUGUCUGGUGCCAGGAAGAAGGUUCAGGGCAAUCCUAACGCUGUGUCUAGAGCAGAGGCUGGAGCAGAUACAGUGGGCUCUGCCCAGCCCCAGGCUGUGGCCAUUUUAAAGGGUGAGGCUUUCCUUGGUACUAAGAAAAAGGUCAGGGGCAAUGCCCAGCCUCAAGCAGAUAAAACAGUUUCUGCUCAGCCUCAGGCUGUGGCCAGUUCCCAGGAUGAGUCUUUGCCUGGUGCCAAGAAUAAGGUCAGGGGGAAUCUCAGUGCCGUGUUUAAGGCAGAGGCCAGGGCAGAUACGACAGGCUUUGCCCAGCCCCAAGCUGUGUCUGAUUCCCAAGGUGAAGCCUUGCCUGGUGCCGGGAAUAAGGUCCGGGGCAAUCCUAAUAUUGUGUCUAGGGCAGGGGCUGGGCCAGAUACAACAUGUUCUGCUCAGACUCAGACAGUAGGCACUGCUCAUUCCCAAGUUGUGGCCGGUUCUCAUGGUGAGGCCUUGCCUAGUGCCAAGAAUAGGGUCUGGGGAAAUCCCAAUGCUGUGUCCAAGGCAGAGGAUGGAGCAGAUACAAUGGGUUCUGCCCAGCCCCAGGCUGUGUCUACUUCCCAAGGUGAAGCCUUGUCUGGUGCUAGGAAGAAGGUCAGGGGAAAUGCCAAUGCUGUGUCUAAGGCAGGGGCUGGGCUGGCUGCAACAGACUCAGCCCCGCCCCAAGCUGUGGCCAAUUCCCAGGUUGAUGCCUUGCUUGGUGCCAGGAGUAAGGUCAGGGGCAAUCUCAAUGCUGAGUUUAAGGUAGAGGCUGGGGUAGCUAUGAUGGACUCUGGCCAGCCUCAGUCCAUGGCCCAUUCCCAGAGUAAGACCUUGCCUGGGACAGCAGACAAGGCUAUACCUAAGUCUGAGGCAGAAGCCACAGGAGAAGAUGAAGCCUAUGCAAAGCCCAAGGCUAAGGCCAUGUCCACGUCUGAAAGUGAGGGUGGGACAGACACUCAGGCCUGCAGAAAGACUCAGUCUAGGGUCCAUGACUAUUACUGGAGUGGGAUUGGUAUUGAGGAUUGGAUUGCUUCUGAGCGAUGGAUCAAAUUUAGGUUUCAGGCCAGGGAUGGAUACUGGGAGAAUAGCAUGUCCUGGGCUGAUGAUGAGAAUGAAGCCAGUAUUGAGUCCUGGGGUGGGGCUUGUGAUGAGGUCAGCAUUAAGUCCUGGCCUGGGGCUAGGGCUGAGAGUGAGGUUAGUAUUGGAUUCUGGGCUGGAGCUGGGGACCAGGCCAGUGGGGGUAUCUGGGCUGGGAAUAAGGCAAGUGAAGAGUCCUGGGCUGGGGGCAAGCCCAGUGGGGGUUCUUGGGCAGAGGUUGGGGGCAAGGCCAUUGGAGGGUCCUGGACUGGGGCUGAGAACCAGGCCAGUGGGGGGUCUUGGGCUGCUACUGGGAACCAGGCUACUGGGGAGCCCUGGGCUGGAGGUCAGGCCAGUGAGGGUUCCUGGCCUGGGGGCCAGGCCAGUGGAGUAUCCUGGGCUGGGGAAGAGGCCAUUGGAGGGUCCUGGACUGAAACUGAGAACCAGGUCAAUGGAGCGUCCUGGACUGGGGCUGAGGAACAGGUCAGUGGAAGGUCCCAGGAUGGGGCUGGAAUUCAGGCUAAUGGAGGAUCCUGGGCUGAACUUAGGGCUGGGAAUGUGGCUAAUAUUGGAUACUGGGCUGGAGUUGUGGACCAGGCUAGUGGAGGGAGCUGGAUUGGGACUGGUGAUCUGUCUGGAGGGGGAUCCAAGCCUAGAUUUGAGGAUCAGGCCAGUGGAAAUGUGUCCUGGGCUGGGGCUGGUGGGCAGGCCAGUGGAGGGUCUAGGCUGGGGCCUGAGAACCAGUCCAGUGCUGUGUCCUGGGCUAGAGCUGGGGAACAGGCCAGUCGAGGGUCUAGGCCAGGGUUUGUGGACCAGUCCAGUGUUGGAUCCUGGGCUGGCACUGGAAACCAGGCCAAUGAAGGAUUCUUGGUUGGAGCAAUGGGCCAUGCCAGUGGGGGCUCCUGGGCGGGGACUGGUGAUCAGUCUGCUGGUGGGUCCAAGCCCAGAUUUGAGGAUCAGAUUACUGAAGAAGGGUCUUUGGCUGGGGCUGGUGGCCAGGCUGGUAGAGUGUUCAGGUCGGGGCCUGAAGAUCAGUCCACAGGAAGGUCUUGGUCUGACUCUGAGGACCAAGCCAGUGGAGGGUUCUUGGUUGGGGCUAUGGACCAGGCCAAUGGAGGGUCCUGGACUGGACCUGGGGAUCAGGCUGGUGGUGGGGCAAAGCCUAGAUUUGAGGAUCAGGCCAGUGGAAGAAGGGCUUGGGCUGACAGUAGGGACCAGGCUGGUGGAGGGUCUAGGCUGGGGCCCAGGGACCAGUCCACUGGAGAUUCCUGGGCUAGUACUAAAGACCAGGCCAGUGGAGGGUCCAGGCUGGGGCCUGAGGAUCAGUCCAGUGGAUGGUUCUGUGCUUGCAGUGGGAGUCAGGCCAAUGCAAGAGGGUCCUGGGGUGGGGCUGGUGGCCAGGCCGUUGGAGGGUCUAGUCUGGGGCCCUUGAACCAGUCCAGUGGUGGGUCCUGGGCUGACACUGGGAGUCAGGUCAGUGGAGGGUCUUGGGCUGGGGCUGGGGAGCAGACUGGUAGCUGUCUCAAACCUGGCUUUGAAGAUCAGGCCAGUGGAGGAGGGUUCUGGUCUGGUGCUGAAAAUCAGGCUGUUGGAGAGUCUAGUUCAGGGCUGACAGAUCUGUCCAGUGGUGGGUCCUGGGCUGGCACUGGGAGUCAGGCCAGUGGAAGGUCCUGGGUUGGGGCUAGGGAUCAGGCUGUUAGCUGUUCCAAAACUGGGUUUGAGAGUCAGGCUGGUGGAGGAGGCUCCCAGGCUGGCACUGGGGAUCAGAUUGGUGGAAAGUCCUGGGCUGGGUCUAGGCUGAGGCCUGAGGACCAGGCAAGUGGAGGAUCCUGGGCUAGGGCUGGGGACCAGGCCAGUGGAAGGUCCCAGAUCAGUGCUCGUACAGAGGCCAAUGAAGGAUCCUGGUUUGGGGCUGAGGGUGAGGCUAGUACAGGGUCCUGGUUCUGGAGAGGGGAAGAGGUUGGUAUUGUAUCCAGGCCUGGAGCUAAAAAUGAGGCCAGUGUUGAAUCCACAUCAGGGGCUGGGGAGGAGGCCAUCAUUAGUUGCAGAUUUGGGGCUAAGGACAAGACCAAUAUUGGGUCCUGGAUCAGAUCUGAAGAGAUGGCCUGUAUGGAUUCCUGUGUGGGGCCUGAGGCUGGGCCUGUGGCUGGGGCUGAGGCCAGGAAAGAGUCUUGGCUCUGGGAUGGAAAUGCAACCACUACAGGUUCUAGGCUUGGGGCUGGGGAAAGGGCUGGCAUGGGGUCCUGGACUUUGGCUGAGGAUGUAGAUGAGGAUGAGCUAAGUAGAGCAUCCAGCCCUGAUAUUGAGGAGAUCAGUUUAAGGUCUUUGUUUUGGGCUGAGAGUGAGAACAGUAAUGAGUCCAGAUCCAAGAGUGAGAAAGAUAUCAAUUUUGAGCGUAAGGCUGGCAUCAAGGAUAAGCUUGAGGCUGCUGGUGGAGUUGAUGAAAGGUCCUGGUUCCGGGAUGGUAAUGAAAACAGAAGUGAGGACAAAUCUACACCUAACACUAAAGCCAAAAAGUCAGCUGAGUCAAGAGGCACAUAUCCAUCCAUGGUCCCAGGGGCAGGAAUGGGGUCAUGGGCAGGAGCCAUGAUCUGGACGGAAAUGAAAUUUCCAUACCAAAAUGAGUCCUGCUUCCCACCUGAAGAUGAGCUCAGAAAGCAGAUCAGGUCUGGGGAGAAAACUCAGCCCUGGGCCUGCCGCUGUAAACGCGAAGCUAACAUGGAUCCAAGAGAGCUUGAAAAACUCAUUUGCAUGAUUGAGAUGACUGAAGACCCUUCUAUUCAUGAAAUAGCCAAUAAUGCUCUCUAUAACAGUCCUGAUUAUCCAUUUUCCCAUGAAGUCAUUCGUAAUGCAGGCAAAAUCUCAAUUAUUGAAAGCUUGCUCAAUAAUCCCUACCCCAGUGUUAGGCACAAGGCUUUAAAUGCACUGAAUAACAUCUCAGUGGCUGCUGAAAAUCAUAGGAAGGUUAAAACAUACUUAAAUCAAGUAUGUGAAGACACCGUCACUUAUCCCUUGAAUUCAAAUGUGCAGCUGGCAGGACUAAGAUUGAUAAAGCACCUGACUAUUAUCAGUGAGUAUCAGCAUAUGGUUACAAAUUAUAUUUCAGAAUUUCUUCGUUUGUUGACUGUGGGAAGUGGAGAAACUAAAGACCAUAUUUUGGGAAUGCUUUUGAAUUUCUCUAAAAAUCCAUCUAUGACAAAAGAUUUGCUAAUUGCUAAUGCACCAACAUCACUGAUUAAUAUCUUUAGCAAGAAAGAGACAAAAGAGAAUAUUCUUAAUGCUCUUUCUCUAUUUGAAAAUAUAAAUUACCAUUUUAAAAGAAGAGCAAAAGUAUUUACCCAGGACAAGUUCAGCAAAAAUUCCCUUUAUUUUGUAUUCCAAAGGCCUAAAGCAUGUGCCAAGAAACUUCGAGUCUUAGCGGCAGAAUACAAUGACCCUGAGGUGAAAGAAAGAGUUGAGCUAUUAUUAAGUAAACUCUGAUUAGUUUUGUAUUUCCAAAAAAUUUGAGUAAUAUUUUGGUUUUGCAGCCUGGAAGUAAUGCACAUUGUAAAUUGCAUUAUAACUUCAAAACUCAUGUUACUUAUGAUGGUCUAUAGUUGGACCAUUUUAUGAACACCAAAUGAAUUCAAACUUGUACUGAAAAUACAUGUGUUGAUUUUUACUUUGUCUGGAUUGAGAUAUUUUUAGUAUGCUUCAUGAGCAGGAACUGAACAGAUUCUUCAUAAGUAAGGUAAUCUUUGGUCCUUUGUGUGGACUUAUGUUUAUACAUUUGAGACUUUAUUUUUAUGCCAUCAAUAAAGUUGUGUGUUUUAAGCAUAAAAAAA